AUGGAGGUUGUAGUGCCUGCUGAUGCCGGCGUAAACGAAGAAGCCGAGAUUCCUGCUCCUUCUGGCACAGGAUACUAUCAGGGGCAGCCCGGGUAUGCAGCCCCUCCUGGGUAUUCUGAAGGUCUUCCAGGAUAUUCAACGGCUCCCGAACAGGCUUGGGGCCAAGACCAAUGGCAGACUCAAGCUCCAGUUCCCCAACCCGUAUUUGGCCAUGAUCCUGUCUACUGCAAUUGUCCAUUUUGCGGCCAUGUGGGAAUGUCGAUGAUCGAUAAAACAGUCGGAUCAAUGACUUGGAUUGCUUGCUGUCUCAUUUUCCUUUUGAUGGGUCCAUGCUGCUGCAUUGCCUUCAUGAUUCCAAAUUUCAAGGAUACCACACAUUACUGUGUCGCUUGCAAACAGCAAAUUGCUUUCAAGGCCGCCUAA